CUGUAUAACAAACACUAGGAUUUUGUGAAAUACUUGAGGUUUAAUAUUGCGUUGUUUUAAGAGUCGGUGACAUAAGUUAAUAAAUUAUGCAAUAAGUCCUGUUUCAGAUAGUAAAUAAAUUUGAUAGAUUUAUAUGCAUAGAUGGGACAAAAUGGCCAGAAGCAUUAGGCCCAUAACUACGGCGUUGAAAGCGCUAGAUUUACGUUCGCUGUUUAGGUGUACUUGUCAAAAUAAACAUCUUUCACAAGAGUCGUUGGCUAAAGGACAAAGUUCAUCAGCAGACUUUACAAGGAAUGGAGUAACUUCAACAAGACAGUUUGAAGAAAUUUCAAUUCCAGUGCCAUGGGGUCAUCUUGCUGGGAAAUAUUAUGGGCCGAAAGGUGUUCGACCGAUAAUUGGAUUGCAUGGUUGGCAGGAUAAUGCAGGUACUUAUGAUACAUUGGCACCGUUGUUACCUCAUGAUGUUGGAUUUCUAUCUUUGGAUUUACCCGGACAUGGUCGUUCUUCCUGGCUACCUUUGGGCAUAAACUACCACUCCAUUGACUAUGUAACGCUAUUGUUACGAAUCAUGGAUGUUUUUAAAUGGGAUAAAAUAUCCAUGAUUUGUCAUUCUAUGAGCUCGAUAAACGGUUUCGUGUUUAGCGCAUUAUUUCCUGAAAAAGUUGACAUGAUGAUUGGUUUGGACAACCUUAAACCACUAAUUCGAAGUAGUGACCAACUUUUAAAUAUAUAUGCAAAAUGUAUAGAAAAUGUAAUUAUGUAUGAAAAACGCACAAUGGAUUCGGACCCACCUUGUUAUGAUUGGGAUCAACUGGUGCAACGUUUACACCAUGGCACAAACAAAUCUGUAAAUUUGGAAAAGUGUAAAUUUUUGUUAAAUCGAGCUAUUCAACCUUCUCAGCAUGAACCACACAAGUAUUACUUUUCAAGGGAUAACCGAUUAAAACAGAACUUUUUCUUAAAUUUUGGUGAAGAGGUGCCGCUAGAUAUGGCAAGGCGCAUACGUUCUCCUUACCUGUUCAUCAAAGCAUUGAAUGCUUCAUAUUACGAGUCGCGGAAGUAUUUUGAUGAAGCAUUGAAAAUCAUGCAGGAAAACCCCCUUUUUGAAUACCAUGAAGUCAAAGGAUCACACCACGUUCAUUUGAAUGAGCCAGAAAAAGUGGCGCCAAUUAUAAAUUCUUUCAUCAAAAAAUUUCGUCAUGCUUGAUCCGAUAUCACGAGUGAUAGUACCGGCCGAGUUCAUUAAUAUUGUAACAGAAAUUUCCCAGAACUUUUGUGGAGAUGUAAUUUUUGUUUAUUUUAUUAAAAAGUGAAUAUAUUAAUUUUGAAUAUAAUAUACAUAUAUGUUAAAUGUUUUUGAUUUGA